UGCCAGUCAACCUGAAUGUGAACCAGAACCUGAGGCAGAGGGAGAAACAAAAACAGAACAGGAAGAGGAGGCCAAGUUCAAGCAGGGAACAGAAACAUCCCAGGAAGUAAAGGUUGCAGAGGUGGAGCUGGGUCCAGAGCAAGAGAGAGAAGAAGGUGCAAUAAGUGAAAAAGAGAGGCAAAAUGAAGAUGUGAAUGAGAAAGACAACUGCUCUGCAUCCGGGCUCUCUUCAGCAAGCAGCACUUUAGAGAGGGAGGAGCGGGAGCAAAAACUAAGCAAUAAAAAUGAAGCGGGCCCGUGGUUACAGCCCAUACAAGAUGAUGAUGUGAACGACCAAUACAACAGCAUCCUCAACAAUAAACGGUUCAUGCUGGAUAUGUUGUAUGCUCAUAACUUGCCUUCUCCCAAGGAUGAAAGGGUUAAAGAACUGGAGGCAGAUAUAAAGAAGGUGUUGGAUACAAGUGAAGAUACUGUUAACAGCCUGGCCAGUAGGAUUUCAGUCCUACAAACUACCAAGCAGGCCAAAGAUGAAUGUGUAAAAAAAAUGGAGAUCGGAAGUUUGGAAAAUCAGGGCAGUGUGAAGAUCUUUGCAGAAAGAUUCAACAAUGGUGAGGUGGCCAAAAUUUCUAAUUUGCCUGAAAGUGAUUUUAAUGAAAAAACUUCUGAAAAAACUCCAGUGCAGGUUAAGACAGAAUCUGACUAUAUUUGGGAUCAACUCUUGGCUAGUCCAAGAAAACUGAAAAUCAAAGAUAUGGAUUUUACAGAUUUAGGAGAUGAGGAUGAUAUUGACAUAUUGGACAUGGAAAUUAGUCCUAGUGAUGCCUUAGUUCCCCCUCCCCCACCCGUACCUUCCUUUUUAGGUUUUCCUCCUCCACCUCCUCCAUUACUUUAUGGGUGUCCUCUCCCACCCCCACCUUCUGCUAAUUUAUUGGUUCCCCCUCUAUCAAGCACUCCUCAAGGUUUAGGGUCAUCCCCACUUCCUAGAGAUCAACCAACCUUUAUAAAAAAGAAGAAAACCAUUCGCCUCUUUUGGAAUGAGGUGAGGCCAUUUGAAUGGCAGUGCAAGAACAACAGACACUGCAAAGGAUUCCUGUGGUCAAAACUGGAGCCUAUUAAAGUGGACACUGCCAAACUAGAACACCUCUUCGAGACUAAAUCCAAAGAUCUUCCUAUCACAAAGAAAACUGCUGCAGAUGGCAAGAGGCAAGAAAUCAUUGUGCUGGAUUCCAAGCGGAGCAAUGCUAUUAAUAUUGGGCUGACUGUAUUACCACAUCCAAGGACAAUCAAGAUUGCCAUUUUGAACUUCGAUGAAUAUGCCUUAAAUAAGGAAGGAAUAGAGAAAAUUCUCACAAUGAUUCCCACAGAAGAGGAGAAGCAGAAAAUUCAAGAAGCUCAGUUAGCCAACCCUGAUAUUCCUCUGGGUACUGCUGAACAGUUCCUACUGACUCUGUCUUCCAUUACUGAACUCACUCCUAGACUUCAGCUCUGGGCAUUUAAAAUGGAUUAUGAGCUCGUGGAAAAGGAGAUUGCAGAACCACUUCUGGACCUGAAGGAAGGAAUGGACCAGCUAGAGAACAAUGCAACCUUUGGAUUUAUUCUUUCUACUCUAUUAGCUAUUGGGAAUUUUCUUAAUGGAACCAAUACUAAAGCCUUUGAACUAACCUACCUUGAGAAGGUUCCUGAAGUCAAAGACACAGUCCAUAAACAGUCUCUUCUUCAUCAUGUAUGUACAACUGUGGUGGAAAAAUUCCCAGAUAGCACAGAUCUUUAUUCUGAGAUUGGAGCCAUCACUAGAUCAGCCAAGGUUGACUUUGAACAGCUUCAGGAUAACUUAUGUCAAAUGGAAAAAAGAUGCAAAGCAUCAUGGGAUCAUUUGAAGGCCAUUGCAAAGCAUGAAAUGAAAUCAACAUUAAAGCAAAAAACAUCGGAGUUCCUCAAAGACUGUGCAGAAAGAAUAAUAAUUUUAAAGAUUGUCCACAAAAGAAUAAUUAACAGGUUCCACUCCUUCUUGUUGUUUAUGGGCUAUCCUCUUUAUGCAAUCCGUGAAGUCAACAUCAAUAAAUUCUGCAAGAUUAUUAGUGAAUUUGCACUGGAGUAUCGUACCACCAGGGAACGAGUUUUGCAACAGAAACAGAAGCGAGCCAACCACAGAGAAAGGAACAAAACCAGAGGGAAAAUGAUCACAGAUACAGAUGAAGAAGAUGACAUUGAGUCUGGAAAAUUCUCCAGUAGCUCUCCUACACCUCACAACCAAUUGCAAGGGCUGCAGAAUGCUGAAGAUGCUGUAGAACAUGAGAACAUGAAAGCGGUCCUGAAGACUUCAUCUCUAACUGGAGAGAACACCGUGUUAGGAAUACGGACUCGAUGCAGGGCCAAUCGAGGCCAUGUUGGUUCAUGGAACCCUGGCAAUGACGACUUGUCUAAUGCUACAGAAGAUGCAGCAGAUGAGAUAAUGGAUCGUAUUGUCAAGUCUGCCACACAAGUGCCAAGUCAGCGUGUAGUGCCCAAAGAAAGAAAGCGAUCAAGAGCAAACAGAAAGUCAAUAAGGAGGACACUUAAGAGUGGAUUGACUCCAGAAGAAGCCAAAGCUUUAGGUCUGAUGGGCACUUCGGAGAUGCAAGUGUGAGGACAGCAAUCAAGUCUGCUAGAAGAAAAAACAUCUUUGUCUUUCUUUCACGCACACAUGCCAUCAACAGUCUUUUUAAGUUCAGCCCUCUGCCUGUUUCAGCUGCUAUUUGUUUUAUCCCAUUGCUGCAUGACACUGAAGCAAAUAGUAAAGUCGGAGGGUUAAUUUUUUAGACGUAUAUUACUGACCACUACAAAAAUAAGUUAUGGUAACAGAAGUUCAAUUGAACAUUGUGUCACACUCAUUCUGUCAGGCUGCAUUGAUAUAUCCUUGGAGAGAGUUGCCCUUGGCCCAUCUUGCAUUGUGUGAAAGGUGUUAAUGCUCAUAUUCCUUGCAGCAUAUUGUAGUAAUUGUAAAGCACUAUGUUUUAUCAAUUCUUUAAAGAAUUUUUUUAUUGAAGUUACUACUAUCUUUCUAAAGGUAGAGAAAUGUACUUUAUUGUUUUUAUCUUUUCACCAGGAAUGUAAAAUGUAUGUCAAUUUGUGCAUACACACAUGCACACCUAUAGAAUCCAGAUGCCUAUAAUGUUCCUUUUUAUAAAAAUACACUGAUUUGGAAUUCUGC